CUUUGUUGUAGGCUUCUACAAGGUUUCCUACAGAAUUAGUAAGUGUGGAAAUGGAGCCGAGCUGGAGUACGUUUCUUUUUCAACAGGCCAAUGAAGCCCUCCACCACCAGCACCACAUGGCCCAGAACAACCUGCUGCCACUUCUUAAUGCAGGAGUCGAACAAAUCGACCAGAAGCCCAUCCUGCCCAUCCACAUAGACCACAAGCCCCCGACCAGCGCCGCAGAUCUCCUCAAAGACAAUGUGGCCAGCGGAGGAGGCGGGCGGCCGCUAGUGCCUGUGAUAAAGAAGGAGCACAAGGGCAAGACGCCGUUCGUCUGCGGCUACUGCAACAAGGCCUUCCGAGACAGCUACCACCUGCGACGCCACGAGUCCAGCCACACCGGCAUCAAGAUGGUGUCGCGGCCAAAGAAGAUGGCCCAGACGGCCCCGACCAUGGUGCCCAUGAUCUCGACCAUGUCGCGGGAGAACAACGGCCACCCGUCCUACAUCUCCACGGUGGCGGGCAUCCUCUCCACGGCGACCACCUCGGUGUCCUCGGGUGUGAGCAUCAUGACGUCAUCCGCAAUGGGCAACGUGCAGCAGCACCAGCAACAACAGCAGCAACAACAACAACAACAACAACAACAGCAGCAGCAGCACCACCAGCAGCAGCAGCAACAGCAGCAACAACAGCAGCAGCAACAACAACAGCAGCAGCAGCAGAACGUGCCGAAGAAGCCCGCCAAACCCGUCAAGAAAAACCACGGGUGCGAGAUGUGCGGCAAGGCCUUCCGAGACGUCUACCACCUGAACCGCCACAAGCUGUCCCAUUCAGACGAGAAGCCUUUCGAGUGCCCCAUCUGCCAGCAGCGCUUUAAAAGGAAGGACCGGAUGACCUACCACGUUCGCUCUCACGACGGGGGGGUCCACAAGCCCUAUGUAUGCUCGGUGUGUGGGAAAGGCUUUUCCAGGCCAGACCACUUGAGCUGCCAUGUGAAGCAUGUGCAUUCCUCAGAAAGACCAUUUAAGUGUCAAGUCACGGCCUGUACCUCUGCUUUCGCCACCAAAGACCGACUCCGUUCCCACAUGAUCAGGCAUGAAGGCAAGGUCACCUGCAGCAUCUGUGGGAAGAUGCUCAGCGCAGCCUACAUCACCAGCCACCUGAAGACUCACGGACAGACCAACUUCAACUCCUGCAACAAAGUUACACCUGUGACCAUCUCUGCCCCCAUCACCUCGGCGAUGCACCGGUGCCACUCCAACAACCCCGUCACCAUCUCCGCACAAAUGAACAUUGGCACCAACACGGUCAACAUCACGUCUCCCAUCAGCCUCCAGCACCCGGUCACCAUCGCUUCCGUCAACAUCCCCUCCACGGGGUCCAUGAAUAUCGCCCACCCGGUCGCCAUCACGACCAGCAUGCCCAUGAACAUGGCCGGCCCGCUCAACAUCGCCAUGAGGUCCAUGGAUAGCAUGCCUUUUCUGUCCCAAGUCUUGCCUUCUUCCCCACCCUGGUAAAGAAAGAAAACAACAGAAAAGAAGAAGAGGUGAGUGUUGGACUGGCCAGCAAGAAAGGGAAAAUGAAGUGAAACGAGAGACUCGAGACCCGUCUCUUUCUCCCCCCCCCCCCCCCCCAAACCAUGUUUACUUACCCCCGAGGUGAACAUCUACAUGAGCUGCUGCGCCGCCGGUAGGAGCUUCCCCCCCCCCCCAAGUCACAGCUGCGUCCCAACUAAUGUUAAAGCAACCGACGUGAGAGGCAGAACACUUGAGUAGAAAUCGAGUAGGAUUUAUCGUGAAAUCAGGACGACCGCCGUUAGUGUAGUCAAGUUAUAGAGUGAUGAAACUGUGAUUCGUAUGAUGACAAAGGAGAGGAGAGGAUUCCCCCCCCCCCCUGAGGACUCCGUAGGAAAACACACCUGUGCUUUUUGUAAAAGGGAGACGAGGAACGGACUGAAGCAAUAACAAUAAAUUGCUGUUUUUAGAUGUUUUUACAAGUUCUCUCCCAAAGCCUCUGGGUGUUACUUUGUAUGUCGUUUAUUUUUUUGUUUUGUUUUUUAUUAUAGCCUGCUAAUCACUAUUUAAUGUUAUAGGAAAUGAGUCUAGAAAAAGGGACGGCAGCUUCCAUUCGCGUGGAAGAAUAUUUUUUCACAGUGCUCUAGCUUUUCUUUUUCUUCUCAGAUAGUAGGUAUGCUCUCGAGGUACAGUGACUAACUUGUACAGUUGACAUAGUAAUGUAUUUUCAUGUCGGCAUUUUUAAAACCAUUUUUUUAGCUUUUGUCAUUCAAGCGGACGUCUCGACGCUGUCCUCUCUGACAGCGACACGUUUGUGCUUUUGUUUUCCAUCGGUCUGGAAACGCAGAGGUUUUGUUUUCAUUUGCCUAUUUGUAGUGUUCAUUUUUCCAUGAAGUCAGAAUUGAUCGAGUCUUGCACUGAAAGCAUAUCCUACACACACACACACACACACACACGCAGGUGAGCAGCAGUAUUAUCAAAGAUCAAAAUUGGAGUCUUAAGUGUGGUGGUUAGCCGGCCUGCACCUAGAGGGCUAUCUAGUGGCUGAACAUGGGACUUCCUGGCCUUGUAGUGGAGCUUUUUCAGGCCGUUGCUGUCAUCACAAUGGUGACUAAUUAGUUUUUGUCUGACUCUUCUGUACACUGUUUUUUAUUUUUUAUUUUUUUUUUAAAUCAUUAAUCUGUGAACGCCCCACAAUGAUACGAGGGACCCUUCACUCAGGAAACACACAUAAAAGCCCCAUUACACAUGAACGUGGUUCCUUUUUAAGUUUAUCUACCAUGUAUCUUAAUUCCAGCUCUUUUUUUUUUUUUUUUUAGAUCAUAAUUGGGUACGUCGCGUUAAACGACUCCCAUCACGGACAAGAAGUCCCAGAACUAUUGAUUUUAAACAUAGCCGUCCAUUUAAAUAAUCGUUUCCUGUGCAAUGGCAUACAUGCUGUAUUUCCAUCAUGAAGUGGAGUUCAGCCUCGGGCUGCGUAAGUUAUGUGGCUGCGAGUUUGAUCAAAUGCAAGUUUGUGUCCAUGAAAAUAACGGGACAGGAUUGAUGUUGCAUGACCCCAAACACUGUUGAACAUGAACUUGUUUUUAAUGAAUGCCAUGUGAUCUCAGCAGUGUUGCAAAGUUGAUUUCAGUUCAUACUGAAAAAUGCAAUAUGCAUGUUUGUCAUUUUUCCCCCCCGAAAAUUUUGUUUUAAACAAAAUGUUAGCGUAGCUUUUUCUUUGUUCUUAUGCAUUUUACGUAGAUACACUAUGAUAGCCUGUUUGCCAAAUUUGAUACAAUAAUAAUGUGAUAAACUGAACAUUUCUAGUGGAAUUGAACAUCUCUUUAUUUUUUAGGAAAAGAAAAAAAAAAUUUGGAAAUUCCAGGACCCUUGUGAAAGCAGUUGAAUGUAUAUCUUUGUACAAAACUAUUUUAGUUCCAAGGAUAUGGUAGUUACAAUAGAUGUGAAAGAUAAGAUAACCUUUUUUUUUUUUUUUUUUUAUAAAUCUUUUGUAUUAGAACAUUAACAAUGGUAAUUUUGUAUAUAUACGAGAGGCUAGGCUUUCCGAUUAGCAGAAAGGUCAAACAUUCCUACAUUUUUUUUUAAAUGUAUGUUUGUCAAAUUAUUACAUAAACAUGCGCAAUGUUAUGUGCCUUUUAUUUGGGUUGUCUAAAUAAAAGAAAACUACCAAA